CUGCACUGAUAACAAUCGACCUAAUAAAAGUGUGUUGGCAUCACUUUUCUCAUAAAUCCACAUUAUUUGCUUUGUUUAUAUUCUAUACCGAUUUGUGGUAAUAUUGUGAAAUUGUGUACGUUUGGAUCGAGUUAUGUCUGGGGGCUCUCUUAUAACACUAAAAGAAGAAUCAAUUGAUGGCAAUGCUGCUGCUGCAGCAGCAGCUGCUACCAACGCCAGCGUUCAGCAGCAAUCAUCGGCUGUAACUCAGCAGAAUGGUGCUUCGGGUUCGGGAGGAACAGGAAGUGCUGGUGCUCCAGCGGAAGGAACCAGGCAGAACAGUUUACAGCGCAUACAGCAGCGAAAGCAAAAAGUAUUUAAUUUACCAGUAGCUCAAAAAUUGGCUAAACUUUCCAUGUACUCGGCUUGUCAGUCGGAAGGAUGUCGCUGUACUGGUUGGAAAACACCCCAGGAAAACCGUCAUCGUGAUGUUGAAUCAUCCUACUGUCCCGAGUUUAGUGAAGAGUGUCGCAAUCCCAGCUGUCGUCAUUCGUUGCAGAGUCAUAUUGCUCAUCUGGAUGGAAUUUCCGGAUCCGAAAUGAAUAAUCUACUGGGAGCUAUUAUCGACAUGGAGAAUCUGUUUAUGUCUAUGCAACGCGUAGAUGAUGAAGACACGAAAAAGGUUUACCUCUAUCUUUUUCGUUUAUUGCGUCAAUGUGUUAUAACUAGACAGCAGGCUGUUAUUCGAGGACCUUUGGGAGAUCCUCCAUUCGAAUCGCCUUGCAUUGCUAAAGCAGUUUAUUCAUUUGUUUUCUACAAAUACAAUCAUCUGAGUCCAAAUGAAUUGCAAACCAUGACCGAAGUAGCUAAAACAUUUCUAAACUUUCUAAACCACUACAACUUCGAACCACCGUCGAUGAGGAGAGCCGAUUUAAAGAAUGAUGAUGCCUCUACGUAUAAAAUCAACUAUACCAGAUGGUUAGUUUUCUGCCAUGUACCCGCCUUUUGUAAUUCCCUUAGACAUUUUGAAACCUCACUGGUCUUUGGACGCACCCUUCUGCGUACCGUUUUCCAGUAUAUGGCCCAACAGCUGAAAAAGAAAUGUAUUUCGGAACGCGAUCGUUUUCCAGCCGAUAAACGAUCUAUAAUAACACAAAUGCCAAAAUUCUUAGAAGCACUCAAGGGUGAGCUUCUAAAAGACGAUUCCCCCAUAUGGGAUCAAUCAUAUCGUCCACCCACUGCCUUUUUACUACAACAACGUAAACGUCAACAGGACACGGCUGCCACCGGUGCAGCAGGAGUAACGAGUAGCAUGGGUUCAGCUGCCGCUAAAAGGAACAGUAUUACUGGUGAACCUGUACAUAAACGCGCUAAAAAAGAAAUUAUCGAGCGUUCUGCUGGAGAUUCCACAUACGAAGAUCUUUCCGACGAAACUGUAUUACGCGCCCUAAAGGCCAUUUCCGAAUCGAAGGCCAUUAAUAAAACUGAAAUUCUAUUCCCAGUCAAUGUAUCGCGUGAUGAGAAUGUUAAAGCUGAAGAACAAAAACGUGCCAUAGAAUUUCAUGUCGUAGGCAAUUCAUUGACAAAACCUGUGGACAAACAAACCAUACUCUGGUUAUUAGGAUUACAAAGUGUUUUCGCCCAUCAACUACCGGAAAUGCCACGUGAAUAUAUAUCCCAAUUAGUAUUCGAUACAAAGCAUAAAACAUUGGCCCUCAUCAAAGAGAAUAUGCCAAUUGGUGGCAUUUGUUUUAGACCAUUUCCCGAUCAACAAUUUACGGAAAUUGUUUUCUGUGCGGUAACCAUGUCGGAACAAGUUAAAGGCUAUGGAACACAUCUAAUGAAUCAUCUAAAGGACUAUAGUAUUCAAAAGAAUAUACAACAUCUAUUGACGUAUGCUGAUUGUGAUGCGAUUGGUUAUUUUAAAAAGCAAGGAUUUUCCAAGGAUAUUAAACUGGCACGUCCUGUAUAUGCCGGCUUUAUAAAGGAGUAUGAUGGUGCUACUCUAAUGCACUGUGAAUUGCAUAAAAAUAUAGUUAACACUCAAUUUAUAUCAGUAAUUAGACGUCAAAGUGAAAUACUUAAAGAGCUUAUUGCCCAACGCCAUAAUGAAGUACAAAAGGUGCGUCCUGGUUUGACUUGCUUUAAGGAAGGUCUACCAUCUAUACCUGUCGAAUCAAUUCCUGGCUUACGGGAAAUAGGUUGGAAACCACAAAUGCGUGCUCAAAGAACUUCUAGACCUUUGGAGGAGUCAUCGGAUCCUGAAAAACUGGCUGCUUCCUUUGCAGCAGUUUUACAAUCUGUACGUCAUCAUGCCUCCGCUUGGCCAUUCCUUAAGCCCGUUACAGCUGCCGAGGUACCCGAUUACUAUGAUCAUAUUAAAUAUCCGAUGGAUUUGAAGACUAUGGGCGAACGCCUAAAGAAGGGCUAUUAUGUAACACGACGUCUUUUUAUGGCCGAUAUGGCUCGUAUAUUUUCCAAUUGUCGUUUUUACAAUUCACCCGAAACUGAAUAUUAUCGUUGUGCUAACAAUUUAGAACGUUAUUUUCAGACUAAGAUGCGUGAAUUAGGUUUAUGGGAUAAAUGAUGCCGCGCUUUGUCUGCCAAUUUUGAACCCCUCAUUGAGAAGAUUGGAGACGACGAUGCUAACGGCGCCGAUGAUGUUACUGACGAUGCUAACAAACUCCCCAAGGAGGAACGUAGUGUAACAAACAAUAAUUUAAACAACUCUAAUACAAAUAAUUCAUC